CAAAGAAGGUAUCCGCUCCAACGUCUGGAGCCAGGUCUGUCCAGAUUCAGAAUUUAUUCGCGCAAUGGAGGAUCUUUAUGAUGAGUUCGGCAAUUACAUUGGAGAGCCUGCGGACUCUGACGAGGAAAACCAAGAUGAAGAGCUCAAGCCGCAGGCGUUUGCUUUCGACGAAGCAUUUGGAGAGGAAGAAGAUGAAAACCAGAAUGCAGAUCAAUUGAUGGAGGUUGACGAAGGCCCUUCGAAUGCGGUCGUCCUACAUGAAGACAAACAAUAUUAUCCUAGUGCAAAGCAAGUCUACGGUGAUGAGGUUGAAACCUUGGUCCAAGAGGAGGACUCGCAGCCACUUUCGCAACCCAUAAUCGCUCCCGUUCAGCAGAAGAAGUUUUCGAUCGAGGAGGCCGAGCUGCCACCGGUUCAUUUCUCGCGAGAGUUUAUGACAGACUUGCUCAGUUUCCCUAGUCAAAUAAGGAACAUCGCGCUUGUUGGCCAUCUUCACCAUGGGAAAACAGCGUUUAUGGACAUGCUUGUGACGCAGACACAUGAUUUGACAGAGCGUCUGGAGAAGCGAGUAGGCAAGCGGAAGGAGGAACAGCUCCGCUAUACCGAUAUUCACUUCUUAGAGCGAGAGCGGGGUCUCUCUGUAAAGUCGGCACCUAUGACUUUAGUACUCCAAAACACCAAAGGAAAAUCUCACCUUGUCAAUAUCAUUGACACUCCCGGCCAUGUGAAUUUCGUGGACGAGGUGGCCACAUCGUCUCGGCUCGUCGACGGAAUAGUGCUGGUUGUGGAUGUCGUCGAAGGCGUGCAAGCGAACACGGAACAGAUCAUUAAGCACGCCGUGCUGGAAGGUCUUCCCAUAACGAUGGUCGUGAACAAGAUGGACCGGCUGAUUUUGGAGUUGAAGAUUCCGCCGAAUGAUGCUUACUUCAAGUUAAAGCACGUGGUCGAAGAGGUAAACACUAUUAUCGAGAGGAUUCUGCCCGGGCAAGGGGAAAGGUAUCGACUGAGCCCUGAAAAGGGUAAUGUUGCCUUUGCAUGUGCCUCUAUGGAGUGGUGUUUUACCCUACAAUCUUUUGCCAAAAUGUAUGCCGAGACUUAUCCCCAAGUCGAAACGUCUGACUUUGCCUUGCGUCUUUGGGGGGAUAUUUUCUUCAACCCAGGAAGCCGAAAGUUCACUCGAAAAGGAGUGGAAGAGAAUUCCAAACGGACAUUCGUUCAAUUCGUCCUGGAGCCUAUUUAUAAACUCUACUCUCACACCAUAAGUGAAAGUCCAGAUGACCUGAAAGAAACGCUUGCAGGUGUGGGUAUCAACUUGAAGCCGUCGCAACUCAAAUCAGAUGCAAGGGUGCUACUCAACAUGGUCUGCCAUGAGUUCUUUGGUCCUGCCACUGGCUUUGUGGACAUGAUCGUGCAGCAUAUUCCCUCCCCAGUAGAAGGAGCCCAAAGAACACUCGACAGGUACUAUACCGGCCCCCUUGAUACGAAAGUUGCAGCCGCCAUGGCGGCCUGUGACCCGGACGGGCCGCUUGUCGUCCAUGUCACAAAGCUAUUUAUCAGCACGGAUGCUACCAAGUUCCAUGCGUUUGGAAGAGUCAUGAGCGGGACGGCGCGCCCUGGUCAACCGGUCAGAGUGUUGGGCGAGGGCUAUACACCUGAGGAUGAGGAAGACAUGGUCACAGCGACUAUAUCGGAUACAUGGAUUGCAGAAACCUGCUAUAGCAUCCCAACCAGCGGUGUUCCUGCGGGAAACUUCGUUCUGUUAGGUGGUGUGGACAAUUCCAUCGUCAAGACUGCCACAAUUGUCCCUUUGAGGCUGGAAGAUGACGAGGAAGCAUACAUCUUCAGACCUAUUCGACACAUGACAGAGUCUGUCUUCAAGGUUGCUGUUGAGCCGGUUAACCCAUCAGAACUUCCCAAAAUGCUUGACGGGCUGCGGAAGAUUAAUAAAAGCUACCCUCUCAUCUCAACGAAAGUAGAAGAGUCCGGUGAGCAUGUGGUCUUGGGAACCGGAGAACUUUACAUGGAUUGUGUGCUCCACGAUCUUCGAAGACUUUAUUCGGAGAUGGAGAUCAAGGUGUCCGACCCUGUCACCCGUUUCUGCGAAACUGUCGUUGAGACUUCAGCUAUCAUGUGCUAUUCUAUCACGCCAAAUAAGAAGAAUAAGAUUACGAUGAUUGCGGAGCCCUUGGAUGAUGGGAUUGCCGAAGACAUCGAGAGCGGCAGAGUCAGCAUCAAAGAUCCAAUCCGCAAAGUAGCGAGGUUCUUUGAAGACAAAUACGAUUGGGACAAGCUCGCAGCUAGAAGUAUCUGGGCUUUCGGCCCUGACGAGAUGGGUCCCAAUAUACUACAAGACGACACGCUACCAUCGCAAGUGGACAAGAAGCUACUUGGAAAUGUCAGGGAUUCCAUCACACAAGGUUUCAGCUGGGGCACACGGGAAGGCCCUCUUUGCGAGGAACCAAUACGAAACACGAAGUUCAGGCUCACAGAUGUAUCUCUUGCUGACCAGGCCAUUUACAGGGGAGGUGGUCAGAUAAUCCCUACGGCCCGACGUGCCGUCUACUCCUCCUUCCUCAUGGCAUCACCUCGCUUGAUGGAACCCAUAUAUUCUUGCACCAUGACAGGGCCUGCGGAUGCUGUGGCUUCGGUAUAUACAGUGCUCUCACGCAGAAGGGGUCAUGUUCUGUCAGACGGGCCAAUUGCUGGGACACCGCUGUAUACGGUGCAAGGCUUGAUUCCCGUUAUUGACUCUUUCGGGUUCGAAACGGAUCUCAGAAUUCAUACUCAAGGUCAAGCUGCGAUCAGUCUUGUGUUCGAUCGAUGGAGCGUCGUUCCAGGCGAUCCGCUGGAUCGCGAAGUCAAGACAAAGCCACUCGAGAUGGCGCCCACGAUGGCCACAGCGAGGGAUUUUGUAUUGAAAACAAGGAGACGGAAAGGUUUGGCAGAAGAUGUGACAGUGAGUAAAUUUCUGGAACCGGAGCUCUGGAAAGGCCUGAAGGAAAGUGGCGUUUUGGAUUCAUGACGGGCUCGUUCCCUGUCAAACCGAAUGAGAAGGGCAUACCACAAGUAUCGAUCUAUCAUGUAGACGUAAUGUCGAAAAUUUGAAGCAACGUAUUGCCGAGUCAAAGAA